AUGGCGAAGAGCGAGCGAAUUCAACCACCCCCCACGCCUGCUGCCAUUGGUGGACCUGCGGGAUCACAGCAAGAUGCGGUGAACGCAAAAGUUGACGGCUUGUGGGAUAGUGGAGCGACCGUCACCUAUUCCUUCAUCGAGGGAACUCAAAAUCAGCAAGAAAAAGUCGACAAAGUACUGCUCGAAUGGCUUCCCUACGCCAACAUCGCUUUCCAGCGCGAAGCUGUUGGUACCGUUCGCAUCUCCUUCGACCCUCACCAGGCUUCUUGGAGUUAUGUUGGGAAUGCUAGUAAAGAGAUCCCUAGUCCUGCUCCAACAAUGAACCUAGGUUCGGUCGCUGACACCACCACAAUCACUGUCAGUGACCGAGGAGCCAUUUUGCAUCAGUUCGGACAUUGCCUUGGCUUGCUGCACGAGCACCAUAACCCCACUGCGGGUGGAGGGGUUACACUGAAAGAAGAGGCAGUCUACGCAUACUAUACAGCAGCGCAAGGCUGGAACAAGGAGACGAUCAAGCAACGUAUUCUCGAUGUUUAUAAUACGACAGACGUCUCCAACUACAGUGAGAUAGACAUGGCAUCCAUUAUGAAAUAUCCAAUUCCCUCGGAGUUGACUGUCGAAGGGGUUGCUGUCGAAACCAACCAAGCCCUCUCGCCCCAAGACAUGGCUUACAUGGUCAUCAACUAUCCCAGGCCAACGCCACAUGCUUCCGCUCCUCAAUGGACGUUAGACCACGCUCUCGAAGUUUCGGCAACCGGGAAAGAUGCAGCAGCUGAAAUUUCAGCAGCUCACAAAGCUGGAGACAUCGCCAGUGUCCGUGCCCUGUUUGCUACAUUUCAGGCUUCAGCGAGAAUCAACCAAUCGCCAGCGGCUCCAAAAGUAGACCCGAUCUCAAAUCCACCAGCAGCAAAGGAAUCACCAGACGAGUGGUGUCUGACUCUUGAUGAUCAGCAAAACUACCGAGGCAUCAGCCCCAAACAACUUCUUUGGCUUCCGCACCAGCAAAUCAGAUUUGGAUUUUUUGACUCGAACCAACGGGGCUGCGAAGCUACAGAGUUUCGCAAGACCCGUGUUCGCAAUGCUCUCAAGCUCUACAUGAGGCAUACUUCGCUCGUAUUCAUUGAGGUUGAAGACGACGAGUUCCGUUCGUUGGAUUUCUCGAAAGUGUCAGACCGUGUUCAAUGCCCCCUUCGUAUCGCGUUUGGUGAACCGGAGACAGUGGGUGGAAAAGUGCGGUACGGGUGGUCGCAAAAUGGGAAGAAGCUUGCGACAUUCGAGUUUGCGGGUCCCGGUAAUGUGCACAGCGCUCCUGGCCCCAGGUAUGCAACGAUGUGGCUUGGCGGGCAGCCUUGGAUCGAGAGCACUGCGCAAGAGAAUGGUCGUGCAACGGCCGCGAUUUAUCAUGAACUUGGUCAUGUUCUUGGUUUAUCGCAUCCGGCUGACAGCAAGAAUUUACAAAAUGUUGCAAACUCUUUGAGAUCAUCGUUGGUGGACCCAAUGAGCAUCAUGAUUAGUACUUCGAGGGACGCAAACUCCAAUACUAUUCCUUCUCCAACCGAUUUGGACCUACUACGUCUCCUGUACCCGGAUAAUGGCUCAAGCAAUGGCAAGUUUGCUGCUGCUUUAAACGCUUUUAAUUUCUCUCCGGAUGACCGGAGCAAUCUCUUGGCCUUGGCUGAAAGAGUUAUCGGCGAAAGGAACAAAAUCGACGAGGGACUCAUCGGUAUUCUCUGGUCAAGCAUCGCUACGGCAUUCAAUCAAGAUUAUCGCCGUGGACGACUUUCAACAAGCGCACCUGUGCUCAACGAUCUAGCAUACGUGUCGGGCCCUCUGAUAGAUCCUGAAUUCGAGCCAGCAAAUGUAUGGUGUGCUUCGGCGAUUUGUGACGAUGCUGUCUCCAAGACCUCCGUAACCAGACCAAGUUCUCACCGCCACCUCGAAUCGCGUGAUCAACUGUGGCUGCCCCAUGAACGAAUCACGUAUGGUUUCUUGCCAUCUCUUGGUCCCGAAAGGGAGACAGCACCCACCGAAUACCGCAAACGAUUCGUUAGAGAGGUUAUCGCACAAUAUACCAAACACACCUCUCUCAUCUUUGAAGAGGUGUCGGACACUCUCAUGGGUUCCGCCGAUUUUUGGAGUGAAGCAGAUCGCCACCGUGUCGAUAUCCGUAUUGCGUUCGGGGGUCCUGUUCAGAAGACGGCAGAGAAAUGGGUUUGGGGCUGGUCUUAUACCGGGGCAGACGCCAGAAAGUUCGAUGGACUUCCUAAAGCUGGCGCACUCGCAUAUGCAACCACUUUCCUGGCAGGCCUCCCUCACGGCUCACCACAUGAAGUAUCCAAAGAACAUCUAGCAGAAGCGACUCGGGCUGUUUAUCAUGAAGUUGGCCAUAUAUUUGGUCUUUCCCACCAAUCCGAAGCGCCGACAUCUGCUACCCCAAAUAACAUCGGUCAACUCCUGGUCGCGAGCAUGAUCGAUCCUGAUAGUGUCAUGUUAUACCGAAACAAACCAUUCCCCAAAGCUUCACAGCUGUCAACCUAUUGCAAGUCCAAUCCAACGCCGUCCGCCACCGACCUAGCUCUUCUUAGAUUGAUGUAUCCGGAUAACGGAACUGCCAAUAGUGCAUUUGCGCAUGCCUUACGACAAAUGCAGUUCUCUUCAACAGACAUACAAUCCCUUCUCGCUAAAGUGGCAUUGGCUAUUGCGCGACCCUCGCAGGUGAAUGCGACUGAAAUCAAGAAAAUACGUAGCAGCAUUGCCCUCGACAUUAAUCUUGCCCCCCGGAUAGCAAAACCUAUAGCGGAUAUUCAUCUGCGGGAACGUACAGGUGAAGAAAACAACCUUGUUGCACCGAACGCCGGUGGUGAGGUUGGCAUUCUCGCCGAUAGUGACACGGCAGAGUCGGGUGGCCAAGCAACUGGAUUUUUAUACGAGCUUGUGCAAAACUUGAAGCAGUUUUUCAAUCCAGGGCAAAGUCAACAAUUUACCCUCCAAUUCCCUGGGCGGUUUCUCGAUCAGAACUCGUAUGCGUGGAACACGGCCGACGCAGGUAUCAAUGGACAGUUCGUAAAACCGACUGUCGUCAAUGAGGCGGAGUUUCGCCUUGCUGAUCAACUCUAUGACCUCUCAGACGUGGUGGGUGGACCAAACGGGACAAAUCUGUCGAUUGUAUAUGAGCAGCUGUUGAAUAAUUUAUUGCCGAAAUUUGUACCCAAUGGGCUUGGUACCCAACAAGCAGAAAUUCGCGACUGGUUGACACAAGACGUGCCGAUGUCGCAGUGGAUGAAAGAUAUCCAAGCGCGCCAUCGGGUCCGAGAACGAGAACGAGCUGAUGCUUUGGCGCUACUUUUGGGAACCAAGACCGCAGAACAAAUCGCUGCUGAACAUGAACAGGAACAGAGUGCUUCUGGAGAUGACUCAGAGAACAACAAGGAAACAAUUAAUCGCAUUGAGCUCAGCCAGCUGCUCAUGAACGAGUAUCUGUACACGAAGCAAGACUGGCAGACCGAGCGCGAUGCGCUAAUGAAGCACGCUAAUGCGGCUGAUCUUGGGACUGCUGAAUCGGCCAAAGCGCUGGACGAACUCGCGCGCAAGCUUUCUCACAUAACUGCAUCCCGGCAAGCGUUGUUGGCCGAGAAAUACAAUGACGCAGUCGUCCGCGGUCAUUCGCACACCAUCAAAGAGUAUCUUGGGUACCUCGAUAUAGCGAGUCCCGCGGAGGCGCUGCAGAGUGCCAAAGACUCGUUACGCGAAUCCGCCAUGUCAUCUCUCGACGGCAGUAUGAAAGUUUAUCCCAUUCAGCUCACUCCUCUUGAUUGGUUCGAGGGUCUGUCGACAUCAUUCACCAUGGAAGAUUUGACCCAGGAUCCCGAACUGAUUCGACAGCAAAUUGGCGCCAAGUCCCAACAACGUGACACAUUGACCUCCCAACUCGUCUCCUUACAAUUAGGCGAGAACGGGAACCCCGCGGAGUUGGAGAAGAAGGUCAAAGACGAGCAAGGCGAGGUCGACACCGCGAAAAGCAACUUGCUCAAAACCUACACAUCUAACAUCGUCGAGACGGCCAAGACGUGUCUCAACGCUGCGGGAAAGGUCAACAUCGAGGCGCUGGCGUUGUUAGUCAAGAAAACGCCCGAUUUCCUGAAGCCGAUAGAAGCUAUGAUGGAGAAGUUGGAGGACGCACAAGCACGGCUCACCGCGUCUUCGCGUGCAUUAACCGAUAUAAAGGUUGCGCAUGCACUCGCGAAGGCGUCUGAUACCAAGGACCAACAACAACAAAUUACUCUGCGGAUUCAGUCGUUGACGGAGGAGCUUAACCAGCUGCAGCUGCGAUGGAAAACAUUGACGGCCAAUAGCACUGAGGGUGGUGCCAAACCCAAUCCGCGGCCUGAUCGCAGUAAAGAGGAAAUUCCCAAGACGCCUAUCAAAUUACCUGGGGAGAGCUCCUCUGGCGGGAGUCGCUGGCAGACGAUUGCGUUCACGAGCAGCUCGCAGACUCGCAAGAAGCUUACUCAGAAUAAUGCGUCUGCUACAUCAAAGCAAUGGUCAUGUAACCUGUGGUUCGCUUCGGCAUCCGGGAGUGCGUCUUCUGAAAGUGCAGACUCGUCGCAGAAGACUACGGCCAGUGACGACACAAUUGAACUCGCGUUCCGUGCGACGCUGGUCACCGUCGAUCGGGGCGGUUGGUUCCAGCCCCAAUUUUUUAAACAAUCGAAUGCGUUCUAUAAGGUUAACAAGGACAUAUCUUGGACCAGCAAAGUGAAGAAUGAAAAGGACAAAGUUACGGGGCUCAUGCCUGGCUUUCCGAUCGCUUUUAUUCUGGCCAAAGACAUCGUCAUUCGCAUUACCCAUGGGACAAGUCAGUCAGAAGACCGAAAGAAGUAUGAUUCGCACAACUCGGCCGCUUCGGGCGGUAUCCUGUGCUUCUCUUACGCGCAGAGUUCUUCAAGUAGCUCCGAGGCGUCGUCGAGCAACUAUGAGGCGUAUUCGAAUGGCUUUGUUGUGAAAAUCCCUGGCCCGCAGAUACUUGGGUAUAUGGUCCAGAAGCUAAACUCUGAUGAAGGAGAAAUGAUGCCGAGCAAGCUCCCAGAUGGCUUCCUCAUUCCGGACAAACAAUAUGAGAAGGGCAAGGCGAAAGAGAAGGAGCAAGAGGCGAAAGAGAAGGAGCACGAGGCCAAGGCAAGGCAAGAGUCGUCUCCUGCCGUCACACACGAAAACCUCAAAGAUGUGGUGGCCCGGAUGAUGGAGGAUAAGAUUGAAGACUUGUUUCAUCAGCUUAAGGACAAGGGGGGAGAACAUGUGUCAUAA